AUUUUCCUCUUAUUUGAUGGAGCGACUACGAACAAGAAGAAUGCUUGUUUGUCAACAAUUCUUGAUUUCCAAUCAACAAAUUUUGCAAAGUUCAAAUAAUAAAAAAAAAUAUUUAAGAGAUAUUUUAGCAUUGCAAAGUCGGCUGCCAGAAAUGUUCUUUAAAGUCAAUGUUCCCAGAGUGCGAAGCUUACACCGACGAAAGCGGUUUGAUAAUUUUAUGAGGUUCCUACAAGAAGGAGGAAACGAACAUCUUUAUUAUGUGUACUUUCGCAUGGGUAAAGACUCUCAAUUUGUUUUGUAAAAAAAUGUGUCCUUAUCUUCCAUAUCCGAAGGUAUAUGUGACAGCACCGAUGCCGAUUCCUAAACAAGUCGCAUUGUACCUAUACAAACUUGCUUCGUGCGCAGAGUAUCGUGCCGUAGGCGAUGUGUUUGGCGUGCAUACAAGUACUGUGCAUAAGUACUUCCAUCUCGUGGUUAAAGCAAUAUUACAGCUUCGGAAGGAAUAUUUAUAUUUUCCAAAUUCCAAUUUUCCAAUUAGCAAAAACCAUUGGUACUGCCUUUCAAAAAAUGACUAAAAUACCCAAUAUUAUUGGCGCAAUUGAUGGUAAGCAAGGAACUAAAUGUUGAUCAGAAGUACCAACACUACAGAAAUAAAAAAGGUUGGCCGUCAAUAGUUAUGCAAGCAGUAGUUGAUAAUAACUAUUUGUUUCGUGAUGUAAGUGUUAAAUUACCAGGCAGCUACCAUAACGUUGACGUUUUUAAAGAGUCAGGACUUUACAAAUAUUCGACACAAGUGAUUCCAACUUACACUACUGAUAUCAAUGGACUACCGAUACCGCUAAUGAUAAUUGGAGAUGUUACAUAUCCAUUGCUGUCGUGGCUUAUUAAACCAUAUACUGACUGUCUAAAUCCUGAAGAAGAGUCAUUUAACUAUCAUAUUAGAUUAGGAAAAAUUUUUGUAGAAAACGUAUUUGGUAGAUUAAAAGGUCGCUGGCGAUGCCUCUUAAAAACAAUGGACAUUGACCCAGAGUUCGUACCUUUUGUUGCUUUAGCGUGUUUGAUAUUGCACAACUUUGUGGAAAGAAAAAAUGAAAGAUUUUUAGAUACUUGGUCUUUGGAUAUGCAGAAUGAAAUUGAAUUUCCCCAACCACAAGAUGAUAUUUGUAAUGAAAUUAUAGUAGAAGAAAAUACCGAUCCAAAGCAGUAGAAGAAAAUACCAAAAUAUUUCUUCACAGAUUUAGAUAAUAAAUAUGAAGUAUUAACAUUAUUAAGGCUACUAAUGAUGAUAAUUUACUAAACAAAAAGAUUUCUUAUAAAUGAACUCUUUAUAAAUAAAUCAACUGAUUUAAGGCGAAAAAUGUCGAAAGCAACUCUUAAUAACAAAUUUCCCGCAAGGGAAAUCAUCCUUGUGAAACAAAUUUGAAAUAUUUGU